AUGAACAAGUACGGGGUGAAAGAGUCUUGGACUAUGAUUAUGAUAACCGACUCAUAUUCCUCUAUUUCUUUGAAGCCAUUAUGUUACUGGAAGGAUACCAAGAUAUUACUGGCAAGGAGUUGGAAACAAUUACUUCUUUGCAAUCCAAAUGAUGGAACUUGCAAAAAUUUCUUGGGAAAUGGCCUUCCGGACAAAUUCUGUGCUGAUGUGUACGUGGAAUGCCUCAUCUCUCCGAACUUAUGGUUCCGAAGGAACUCGCGGUUGCGUUUAGCCCCGAUGACAGUACUCUACACAUUUCUACUUCUAGUGCACAUGAACUACUUGCUUCUUGCAACUGAGUUGAGCAAGUUUCUGACCAAAAAAAGCAACUGA